CAGCUGGAGGAGGGACACUGGCACACUGGCAGGAUGCUGACUACCUCUUCAGCAGAGACGCUGCCCACCCUGACACCCGCAGUAUCCACGAGAGCCUCAGUUACCUGGAGGGCAGAGCCACAGUGUUCCACUCCCAUUACCUCUCCACAUGGGCAGGAACCCAAAGGAAGCCCUUGGUGGCUCUGGGCCACUUCAUCCUGCCCCCAGCCUGCCUGCAAGAAGAAAUCAGGAGGAAAAUUGGCCGUUUCAUUUGGGAGCAGAUAGAGGAUUCCUGUGAGGAACAGCCCAGAGGAAAUCCAACGGAGGAACCAGAGGCAGCAAGAAACAGCUGUGAGGAAGAACUGGCAGGAGAAGAGCUGGACCAGGCCCAGAGUGAUGACACAGACUCCGAAGCACUUGCCCAGGGAGAGUUACCAUACCAUACCCUCCAGGAAUACCCCAUGAACAACAUGGUGACAGGUUACAUCUCCUCCCGGGACAUGAAGAAAUAUGAGGGGGAACUCCAGGACUUCAUCCCUGGCACCGCAGGCUACGCAGCCUACUGGGUCCAAACCAAAAUGAGCAUCCACUGCGAGGGGAAGGCCAAAAUGAAGAGGAAAUUGUGA